AUGAUCGAUGACAGUUUGAAGAUAUGUACUGUGUGUGCAUCCAAUAAUAACCGUUCAAUGGAGUCACAUAAGCAGCUCCAGGAUGCAGGAUACAACGUGAAAUCGUUUGGUACUGGGUCAGCCGUUCGAUUACCAGGUCCAUCACAAGACAAACCCAAUGUUUACGAGUUUGGUACACCAUACGAAGACAUUUACAAUGAUUUGAUGAACCAGAGUGCCCGGAAGAUGUAUGAAGCCAACGGAUUAAUUCAUAUGUUGGACAGAAACAGACAUGUGAAGCGAGCACCGGAGAAAUGGCACAACAAUAAAUAUGCGGGUAAAUUUGACUUAGUGAUAACAUGUGAAGAGAGGUGUUUUGAUUCUGUGCUUGAAGAUUUAAUGUAUAGAACAUACAGCAAGAAUGAUGAUGGAGAUUAUGAUGUGAAGACCCUUGUGCAUGUGAUCAAUGUGGAUAUUAAAGAUGAUAAUGAAAAUGCUAUAAUUGGAGGUAAGGGCAUUCUUAAGUUGGUUAAUAUGAUACAUGAGUUCCGUCGAAAGAAAAUUGAGGAUGGAGGGGAUCCAUCUGAGCAUAUUUUAGAGGAUCAGAUGACUAAGAUCUUGACCCAAUGGCAAACAGAACAUGUUCAUUUGCCAACGUUAUAUAGCGUGACAUAUUAUUAG